UCACUUUGCCACUGUGCCGCUGACACAAGCCACUGACUGUCGACGCAGCAUCUUCACUGCAUUCGAGGAAACAGCACUAAACCGUCUCCAUGUCAUCUGACCAGGACAACUGCCACCUGUGUAAGGAAUACCUCAGGGAUCCCGUGUCCAUCCCAUGUGGCCACAUCUUCUGCUCCGUUUGCCUGAAGACAUACUGGGACCAUGCUGACCACACGGGCUCGUACCUCUGCCCACAGUGCAAGGUUACCUACAACAAGAGGCCCACCCCGAGACGCAUGGGAGGCUCCCGGCUCUCCAGCAUUCAACGUAGUACUGAAUCCUUUCCGCCUCCGCCUCCGUCCCCUGACUACAACUUUGCAGGACCCCAGGAUGUAGGUUGCGACAUCUGCAUUGGAAAGAAGCACAAGGCCGUCAAGACCUGCCUGAUGUGUCUGGCGUCCUACUGCGAGAAGCAUCUCAAGCCCCACUACGAGUCCAACACUUUUAAAAGACACAAGCUGGUGGAUGAAAUCGGCCACCUGGACAGACAGAUCUGUCCCCAGCAUCAGAAGGGUCUGGAGCUGUUCUGUCGCACCGAUGAGAUGUGUAUCUGUGUGCUGUGUACAGUGAAAGAACACAAAGGUCACGACAUGGUGUCUGCUGAGCAGGAGCGGGCAGAUGAGCAGCAACGGCUGGGUGCCACCCAGGCUGAGAUCCAGGAAAAGAUUCAUGACCGACUCAAGCAGAUGGAGGAACUAAAACAAGCAGUGGACUCACUCAAGAACUCAGCCCACACAGCACUGCAGGAAUGUGAGAAGAUGUUUGCCGACAUGAUGCGCUCCAUUGAGAGGAUGCAGCAAGAGAUGACCAAGCUGAUCUCCUCCAACAAGAGAGCAGCGCUCAACAACGCAGAGGGCCACAUGGAGCGUCUGAACCACGAGAUUGCUGAUCUGAAGAGGAGAGACAACGAGAUCACCCAGCUGUCCCGCACCGAGGACCACAUCCACUUCAUCCAGACCUACCACAUGCUGACGGCCCAGACCGAGGCUGAGGAGCUGCCCACAGUGAGCGUCAACCCCUACUUCACCUUCGGCCCAGUCACUAAGGCCGUCUCGGAGAUGAAACAGCACCUGAAUGAAUUCAGCAAUGACGAACUGGUUAGGGUAGCCAAGGCGGUUAACAAAAUGACCUUCUGUCAGCUGGAUGAAUCCAAAAAGAGACAGUCGAUAAAAAGCGAGGAAGCUGUAACAAGUUCUAGUGUACAAGUCUACAAGUCCGUCCCAGUCCAGGAACCUCAGCACAGGAACGAUUUCCUGAAAUAUGCUUGCGACCUCACUCUGGACUCAAACACAGCCUACAGACAGCUCUACUUGUCUCGAGGGAACAGGAAAGCUGCCCUCAAGAGAGACCCCCAGGCUUACGGUGACCACCCUUCCCGGUUCGACUCCCUGCCCCAGGUCCUGUGUAAGGACGCUCUCUCUGGAGGAGCUUACUACUGGGAGGUUGACUGGAGCGGGGAGGGGGCUGCCAUCGGAGUCACCUACAAAGGCAUCAAGAGGACGGGUUACGGAGACACCUGCCGCAUCGGCUACAACCGCAAGUCCUGGAGCCUCUUCUGCUCUGAUUCCAGCUACUCAGCCCGCCACAGCAAAGACCAGUUAGAGAUCAAAGCCCCCUACUCAUCACGUAUAGGGGUGUUCCUAGACCACGCUGGAGGUACCCUCUCUUUCUACGCCGUAGGGGACACCAUGUCUCUCAUCCACCGCUUCAAGGCCUCCUUUAGCGAGGCCGUCUAUCCAGGCUUCUGGGUUUGGUAUGAGUCAGCCAUCACCAUCAUCCGUCAGUGAUUAAAUAACACACCUCCAACGAUCAAUGUACAACUGUGAUUCAGUUUUGGUAAACAUGUUAGUAAACAUUACUAUUCUCCGAUGAUGUGUUAUAAUUUUUAUACAAGAUUGGAUUUUUUUUAGACUAUAUAUACUAUGUGUUGAGUAUCAGUGGAACUGUUCUUGAUGACUGUAAAUAUAUUCUGCAAAUCAACAUGUGUGAAGAUCAGGUGAAUAAAGUGAAAGCAUUUAAAUUAUAAUUUCAAAAAAUGAAGGCUGUACUUGAUUGAAAUAUGUCAUGUAAUCGUUUAUAUAGGUUAUGAUACACUCAUUUUUUAUCAAUCAACAUUUUCUAACAAAAAUUAACUGUGAUAUAAUUGUUGCAUUUUUUACUUUUUCCUCUCAACCUGCCUAUUGUGCAUAAAAUAUGAAGCUCGAGAUGGAAGUAUACUGUUCAUUAAUUCAUUAAUUCAAGUGUUAUCUUAUCAAAAUGCAAUGCUGUCCUCUAGUGUUUACUGGGUUUCAAAAAUCAUAUCUUUUAUGCCUUAAGAAUAUUAAAAAUGUAUAACCAACAUCACCGACAUUCAAAAUCAGCAAAAUAAAAAGCAUCUGUUGUGAGACAGUACGAGUUGAAAGAA